AUGGUUGUUUUUCAAGAGACUCCUAUUUUACGUCCUCAAAAGAGGGAUCGGAAGAAAGGAGCUGUUUUGAAAUCCCCAUUCAUUGAGCUUGCUUCUGGUGCAUCUAAAUCAGGUUCAUCCUCGGUUUCUCCUGAUGAUUCUGUGUAUAAGGUCGUUAAAUAUGUGCGUGGUUUGUGCCCGUUGGACAACAAGAUUGGUGAACCUGUUGAUCCGCAAUUGGAAGCUGAUUUUGUCAAGUGGGUUGAUUCAGGUCUUAGAAAGCACAAAUCUAACACAACAACUAAUGUGUAUUGUAAGGGUAAGGACACUAUAUUUCCGCCAUUUCGUUUUGGUGUUGAGGACAUCAGCAACAAGAUGUGGUUUCACAACCUUGCCUACCCUAAUUGUUUCCUUACCAAUUCUCACAUUGACAUCAUUUUCUAUUAUCUUCGUAAGAAAAUAAUGUACUCAGCCGAGCCGAAAAUCAAAGUCACCACAACUGAUUGCCUCUUUUGUUCUAGCAUAACAACUUUGUAUGAGAGGUUUGUUGAGAAAAACAACGAUAUAUCGGUGUUGUCUCUUUCUCACAAUGUGGCCCAGUACAUUCAAGGUGGUAAGAUAUUAUGUGCCACUCCUUGGCAUUUGGUUGAUCAUGUUAUUAUGCCUAUCAAUGUAAAAUUACAGGAUCAUUGGAUUUGUGGUCGUCUUAACAUAGUUGACAGGCGCAUAUAUCUGUACAAUUCACUGCGUUCUGGGAGGUAUAUGACUGCUGCCAAAGAGGCUUGCAAGCCUUUCUCUGUUAUUUUACCAUAUUACUUCUCUAUGUUAGACUUCAAAGGCCUUCGCAACGAAACUAAGUUUAGCACUAUGGAACCGUUUCCUAUUGUUGCUGUUGAUGGUUUACCCGAGCAGGUCACAGCUGAUUGUGGUGUUUUUGUUGCAUCAUUUGCUGAGUAUUUCAUUGAUGGCAAACCCAUCCCAUCCUCUGAUUUUGAUGUGGAAAUUCACCGCGAUCGUUUGGCUGCGUUAUUUUAUCAAUAUGGGAUGAAGAAGCAAACUGAGAACAUUGAAAGUGAAUCCGAGGCCCCUCCCAGCCUUCCCAAGAAGUGAUUUGCUUUUUCAAUCAGACUGUCAUUGUUCUUAUAGUUUUUUAAUGUUGUUGUAAUGUUUUUCAUGUUGUUUUUCGUAAACAAACAUUGGUGUUCUGUUGUUUUUCCUUACGCUUUGUGUGGACAAUAUGUAAUCUUUUAUUUUCGUAUGUUUUUUCUUAUUAUUUUUAUGUACAAAAAAGUUGGUAUGUUAAAGUUGUUUGUUUUUUCAUUUCAGAUCCAUUCUUUUUUUUUUUUCUUAUAGUUUCUCUGUUUUUUGAAUCCAAAUAUUCAUUUCAGUAUUAAAAACACAAACUGUUUCAAUAACAAACUUCAUAUAUAUAUAUUCAAUUUAGUAUCCAACAUCUUUUAAUAUCCAAUCUAGAGUAUCAACAAUUCCCAAUGUAAUCAAUGUUUUUCAAAUAAAAAACUGUAUUCCCUGUGUAUUUCAGAAAUUUAAAUUCCUCAAUAUCUAAUUCUCAUAACGUAUGUGUAGUUUUCUUUUGUUUUUCCACUGUUGUUCUGUUGUUGUUUUUAUUCCCUUCUACGUCUUCUGCUGCAUGUUCUUUUGUUAUGCCCCAGUUCACCACAUUUGCUGCACUUGUUGUGUUGAUCCCUUUCCCAUCCAGCCUUCCUUCUUAAUGUUUUUGGUCUUCCUGAUUUUACUCUUUCAUGUGGAGGCAAGACUGUAAUAUUUUUCACUUCUUCCGGUACCUCCCAUUUACUUUGGUGUCCUAUUGGGUAAACUGUCCCUGAAUAAGUUGCCAGCCAAUUUUUUUUUUGUGUAGUAAUCUGAACAGUAGGUGUACGGGUCCAUGUUCAUCUCCCUCAUCACGGCCACUGCGUGCCCGCAUGGCAUUUCA